AUGUCAGUCGAAGAAGGAGUCCAAAAGCUAAAGCUCACCCCUGAAGAACACGAACAAAAAAUUACUCCAUGGGAAGUAGAAGGUGCAGUUGUUGAUGGAAAACAACAAGGUAUCGAUUAUGACAAAUUAAUUCAACAAUUCGGAACCAAAGGUAUUACUCCAGAAAUGUUAGCCAGAUUCAAAUCGGUUACUGGACAAGAACCACAUCCAUUCUUAAAAAGAGGUGUUUUCUUUUCUGAAAGGGAUUUAGGUAAGAUCUUGGAUUUAUAUGAACAUGGUGAACCAUUCUUUUUAUAUACUGGUAGAGGACCUUCAAGUGAUUCUAUGCAUUUAGGUCAUAUGGUUCCAUUUGUGUUUACUAGAUGGUUACAAGAAGUAUUCGAUGUGCCUUUAGUUAUUGAAUUAACUGAUGAUGAAAAAUUCUUAUUUAAACAGAAAUUAACCAUUCCAGAUGUUAAAGGAUUUGCAAUUGAAAACUGUAAAGAUAUUAUCGCCGUUGGAUUCAAUCCUGAAAAUACAUUCAUAUUCUCAGAUUUGGAAUAUAUGGGAGGUGCAUUCUAUGAAAAUGUCGUUAGAACCUCCAGACAAAUCACAACAUCAACCGCUAAAGCAGUGUUUGGAUUCCAAGAUUCAGAUUGUAUUGGAAAACUUCAUUUCGCCAGUAUUCAAAUCGCAACCGCUUUCCCAUCCUCAUUCCCCGAUGUAUUGGGAUUACCUGCCAAAACCCCAUGUUUGAUUCCUUGUGCCAUUGAUCAAGAUCCAUAUUUCAGAGUGUGUAGAGAUGUGGCUGAUAAAUUAAAAUUCUCCAAACCAGCAUUAAUCCAUGCUAAGUUCUUCCCAGCAUUACAAGGUGCAUCUACCAAGAUGUCUGCUUCUGAUACCACUACUUCGAUUUAUAUGGGAGAUACCGCAAAACAAAUCCAAAAGAAGAUUAAUAAAUAUGCAUUCUCAGGUGGUAGAGCCACUGCUGAAGAACACAGAGCUUUAGGAGGUAAUCCUGAUGUCGAUGUUGCUUUCCAAUAUUUGUCAUUCUUCUGUCAUGACGACGAAAAGUUGAAGAGUUUGGAAGAUGGUUAUAGAAAGGGUGAAGUAUUAUCUGGAGAAAUGAAGAAGGAAUGUAUUGAAUUGUUACAAGAGUUUGUUGGAGCUUAUCAAGAAAGAAGAAGUAAGGUUGAUGAUGAAGUUGUGAAAUCAUUUAUGAAACCUCAUAAAUUGGUUUAUGGUCAAAAGGAAAGAGUUGUUCCUGUUAAACCAAGAGAAAAGAAAGAAAAGAAAUAG